GCGCCGGAGCGGACGGACGCUGAGACGCGCGCGGUUAAGCGGCGCGGGGACGCGGGGCGCAGGGCGCUGGGCUAGGGGCGCAGGCUCCGAGGCCGCAGGAGCGCGCGGAGCGGCGAUGAGCAGGCGGCCGGUGGCCCGCGGGGCGCGGAGCUGGUGACAGCCUCGGCCAGGCGGGCGCUGCGAUGGAGGCCGAGGGCCUGGACUGGCUUCUGGUGCCACUGCACCAGUUGGUGUCCUGGGGCGCGGCCGCGGCCAUGGUCUUCGGAGGGGUGGUGCCCUACGUCCCGCAGUACCGGGACAUCCGCAGGACGCAGAACGCCGACGGGUUCUCCACCUACGUGUGCCUGGUGCUGCUGGUGGCCAACAUUUUGCGGAUACUCUUCUGGUUUGGAAGGCGCUUUGAGUCCCCACUGCUGUGGCAGAGCGCCAUCAUGAUCCUGACCAUGCUGCUGAUGCUGAAGCUGUGCACCGAGGUCCGUGUGGCCAACGAGCUCAACGCCAGGCGCCGCUCCUUUGCAGCUGCAGAUAGCAAGGAUGAAGAAGUCAAGGUCGCCCCCAGGCGGUCCUUCCUGGACUUCGACCCCCACCACUUCUGGCAGUGGAGCAGCUUCUCGGACUACGUGCAGUGCGUCCUGGCCUUCACGGGCGUGGCAGGCUGCAUCACCUACCUGUCCACUGACUCCACCCUGUUUGUGGAGACCCUGGGCUUCCUGGCCGUGCUGACCGAAGCCAUGCUGGGCGUGCCGCAGCUUUACCGCAACCACCGCCACCAGUCCACGGAGGGCAUGAGCAUCAAGAUGGUGCUCAUGUGGACCAGUGGCGAUGCCUUCAAGACGGCCUACUUCCUGCUGAAGGGCGCACCUCUGCAGUUCUCCGUGUGUGGCCUGCUGCAGGUGCUGGUGGACCUGGCCAUCCUGGGGCAGGCCUACGCCUUUGCCCGUCACCCCCAGAAGCCGGCGCUGCACGCUGUGCACCCUGCUGGCACCAAGGCCCUCUGAGAGUGGGGAGGACAAGGAUGUGGGCCAGCCAGCCACGGGCACUGGUGGGUGCUGUGGCCGCCGCAGGUGUGGGGAAGACAGGGUCCGGGUGUUGGGGUCUCCAGCCUCUGUGGGGUCUCUCCGGGUGGGCGGUGGGGGUGGGACAGCCAGGGUGGAUCUGAGCCCCAGGGUUUCAGAUGUUUUUAGGGUGAUAUAAAAAGGAAGUGUUUUUCCCGUUUCCUCUUACGAAACACCGGCUGAGCCCGAGGUACACACGGGGCGGUGGAAGGCGGCGGCAGGAACCUGCUCCAGGUGGACCCGUGGGGUGACCUCAGGAGACCCUGCAAGUCCUGUGAGCAGAGCCGUCAACCCCGCGACAUCCUGGUCAGACGCUGCUUGGACUGGGGCGGCCUCUGCUGCCCGGGGUCUGGCACCGCAGAGGGCGGGGCUUUCUCUGCCUGGUACACAUGGAAAGGCGCUGUGUGGACGCAGGGUCGCCGUGCUCCUGGUGGAAAGGCGCUGCGUGGACGCAGGGUCACCGUGCUCCUGGUGGAAAGGCGCUGCGUGGACGCAGGGUCACCGUGCUCCUGGUGGAAAAGCGCUGUGUGGACGCAGGGUCACCGUGCUCCUGGUGGAAAGGCGCUGCGUGGACGCAGGGUCACCGUGCUCCUGGUGGAAAGGCGCUGCGUGGACGCAGGGUCACCGUGCUCCUGGUGGAAAAGCGCUGUGUGGACGCAGGGUCACCGUGCUCCUGGUGGAAAGGCGCUGUGUGGACGCAGGGUCCCCGUGCUCCUGGUGGAAAGCAGCUGUGUGGACGCAGGGUCCCCGUGCUCCUGGUGGAAAGCAGCUGUGUGGACGCAGGGUCACCGUGCUCCUGGUGGAAAGGCGCUGUGUGGACGCAGGGUCCCCGUGCUCCUGGUGGAAAGCAGCUGUGUGGACGCAGGGUCCCCGUGCUCCUGGUGGAAAGCAGCUGUGUGGACGCAGGGUCACCGUGCUGCUGGUGGAAAGGGGCCGUGUGGACGCAGGGUCGCCAUGCUCCUGGUUUCUGGCAGUUGGCGUUUCCUGGGCCUCGAGAGCAGCUGCCAGGCCCGGACGCCUCGUGGCUACGCUGUGUCCAGCCCUGCUGAACAUCACCAGGGGUAGCUCACGCUGCUCUUGUCGGAGCCUCUGGUCCUCCUUGAGUCCUUGGGGAUGUGGCAGAUGCCAGCGACCAUCAGACAACGUGGAGGUCUCAUGGGUGAAGGCUGCGGGGGCCGUGCCGAGGCUGUGCACACGCAGUCCGCACGCCACCCUUGGGCCUGGCAGAGAGCCCCUUCCUUCUGGGCGCCGACUGCACCUCCGGAUACAGCGUUGAUGUCCAUUUUCCAGGAGAGAGGCGGCCUCGGGUCCAGGGAGUGGAGGGGCUGCCCCUGCCACGCAGGUCCCGGCCGAUGGCCCCUCACCCUGCCGCCCUGGGCUUUUGGCCUGAAGCAAAUUCCUGAGUGGGAGUGCCAGGGCCUGCCACAUCCUGUCCUGUCCACUGCCUGCCCCCUUGUGCUGGCUCCCACAGUUCUGCUACAGUGGGAGCUGCCAGUCUGACCCUUGUCACCCCACGCUCUGCCCCCACCCCGUUUUCAGUUUAGCACGAGGUCACACUGUCAGCAGCCCUGCACUGACCGCAGCCGGCGCCCAGUCCUCAGCGUUCUGGAUGCUUCUGUGCGGCUCCAACAGGCAUCGUCUUCCCUUCCGCGGGCGGAGGGGCCGCUUCCCGCAGGCGUCUGAGCUCUAUGCCGGGGCUGUGGCUGUGGCCAUGGGAAGAUGUUCCACGCUGCCGCCCCCUGAGUCUUCCUCGGAAACACUCUUGAAUGUCUGAGUGGGGGUCCUGUUUAGCUCUUUGGCCUGUGAGAUGCUUUGAAAAUUUUUAUUUUUUUAAGAUGAAGCAAGAUGUCUGUAGCGGUAAUUGCCUCACAUUAAAAUGUCACCGAUUGCAGGCACGGUGACUGCUGAAUGUAUCCCGUGUGGUGACUUGGAAUCAAUAAACCAUUUGUGGAUCC